AUGCACUCUCUUCGCCUGCAGUUCCUCCGCCCUCAAUGCACCGCUAGCUUCCGUACAGCAGCGACAAAUGGAAGAUUGCACCGAGCUGCAGCUCCACCGACGUUCACAUUUUUUAGUGUCCCCCGUCGGGCGCAGAUUCCAAGGAAGCAAUGGCGGAGCAUGUCCACAGAACCUCCGAAAGCUGGAAGUAGUAUGGCUCGCCAUUACGAAGCUCGGCAAGCAGCAUACGCUGCGAGGAACCGAAGUCUGCUCAUGUAUACAUCAGCUGUCAUAGUCUUUGCAGUUGGUGCAACGUAUGCUGCAGUACCGCUUUACCGUAUGUUCUGCGCGGCUACCGGGUUUGCUGGCACGCCCAAGGUCGGCAUGGGCAAGUUCGAGGCCGAGCGCCUUGUCCCUGUAGAGCAUGCGAAGCGCAUAAAAGUGCACUUCAGCGCGAAUACAGCGGAUGCGCUUCCAUGGAGAUUUACGCCGCAGCAACAGUUCGUGAGCGUGCUGCCCGGCGAGACGAGUCUGGCGUUUUACAAGGCACGAAACAAGUCCACAAAAGAUAUCAUUGGAAUAGCAACGUACAAUGUAACUCCAGACAGAAUUGCACCUUACUUCUCCAAGGUAGAAUGCUUCUGUUUCGAAGAGCAGAAACUGCUUGCUGGCGAAGAGGUGGAUAUGCCUUUACUGUUCUUCAUUGACAAGGAUGUUCUGGAAGAUCCUGCUUGCCGGAACUUGGAUGAUGUGGUGUUGUCCUACACAUUCUUCCGUGCACGAAGGAAUGCACAAGGACACCUGGAACCUGACGCACCUGACGACGUCGUCCAAGCUUCGCAAGGAUUUGGUGAUUAUGAGAUGGCACCAAGAGUCGAGGAUCGCAAACCUAGCACUGAAUCAUCCUAA